AAACUUCAACUAAAACAAAUAAAUAUAUAAUUAAUUUAACUACCGAUAAUCUUAACAUCUCAAAACACACGAAAGUGGAAGAUGCGAAAGAUGAUGCCGAUCUUUAUGAACAAAGUGCCAAAUGUAGUAAAAAAUAUACAAAUGAAAGUAAUGAAUACGAUGAUGAUAUCGAUAUUGUUGGAGAAAGCAAAUACUCCAUACAUAAUCAAGGAAAGAUAGACAAAGGUAAAGAAAAGAUAGCACAACCUGUAGUACAUAAUACGAGAAGUCAAGCUGAAAUAAUUAAAAAUAUAAAUGAAAAAAAAUAA